CCGCGAUGUACUAUAUUCUCUAUCUUGCAAGUAUGUAGAUAUUUCGUUUGCAAUUCGUCGAAUGGAUUUCGCCCGAUCCAAUUGUACCCUUUGUGAUUGGGUCCGAAGGGCCACCGCUUCGAUUGACCCUCGCUGUGUUGCCCAGGCUGCUGCUGUGGUCCUUUUGCCUCCCUGGAGCACUACUGCUAUGCACGUCAUGGAGUGACAGAGGUCCGGCAGACCGUGGCAGUGAGGCCUGUGUUCUCAUUCAUCAGCUAUGAUUUGCUCUUCUCGGAAACCCAAGGGUGGGCAGGGACUCUGAUUAUAGCUCAGCGUUUCCAUGUUGCAAUAACAUCCAAUAACCAUGUGUACAGGUCUCUGCCGACGGCGCCGCUGGCCGGAACCUCUCUACGAAUCAUACAGCGGCGCUACCGGGUAUACGUGCAUUGUCCGAGUCAACAACCGCGAGUACCAGACGGAUGCGGUUUAUGAAUCGGACACCCUGGCUCGGGAAAAUGCAGCGAUGCGGGCAUACCUGAUUUGCCGCAACUUCUCCGUCAACGACGGCAUGUACCCUGCCGGGCACGACCACGGCGGUGUCAUCCAGGGCAUUCCGGUCGCCAUUGGCACGGGGCGGAAGGCACGUUACGGGGUGGACGACACCGACACCUCAACCAGUGAGGAAAGUCGAAGCAGUGGCGGCAGCAGCAGCCCGGAGAGCUAUGGAGGGGGGCGAAUCGAUUGCGACCGACAAUCAGUGAUGGGCCUGCCUCGAGCGUUAGCAUUCAGUCGGUAGGCUGCUUCUAGAGGGAGGGGGGAAAAGGCUAGACGUAUCGCGCACACACUGGCUGUGCCGAAACAUGGCUGGUCUUUGACCUACAAGAAUGAUUCGAUGGGCAAGAAGAAAAGAUUGACUUAGGUUUCUGAUGACGAUAUGAAUUAUGACAUGAACCCCGGAUAUCCGAUAGAUCGAAGUGCUUCAAUUUAUUUCUUCUUUUUCCGUUUUUGUUCUUGCUUUUGUUUUUGGGCUCCUUCUGAAGGGAAUUUGGCUUGUUGGCAAAGGCGGGGACGUUGGAUGUUAUAGUUGUUUGUCGGCAGAACCACCGGAUGCCAG